UUUAGUUCAUUCCCAAAUUGAAUGGUGAUCAAUUUUUAAAUCAAUUUUGCCAUCUGUUUGAUUAGUUAAAGUGCUUUUAAUAUCUCUGCUUUUAUAAUCAAGUUGGAAUUUAAUUGUCGUUUUCAAGUCUUUCCAGAAAAAAAUUUGUUGCUGAGUACUAGCAAUCUAAAAACCUAUUCAACACAGAUUCAUAUUAAACUAUAGCCAACAUAAACAUACUAUUUAUUCUGAUAAUGUUUUAAAAAAAUGGGACAAAUGCAGAAAAAGCUUCAGAAUACUUUGGCUUUGUAUGUUAAUUCUACAGAGUGCAUGAAAGUGAGUCAUUAGUUCGAAUACCCCGUUUAAAGAUGGAUGGCUAUUUUGUGAGAGGAAAAUGCGAAUUUAUCCCGAUGGAAAUCAUUUUGCCGGAUAAACCAGACAAAGAAGCUCCUGAGCCAAAAAUUGAGAGGGUCGGCUCAAUUAGGAAAUUUCUCAGUUCUCUAGUCGGGGGCGACUCCCUUAUAAGCCUUUUCUCAAAAAUGAUCGACAAAAAGACCCAGCCCAAAGGAAGAAUCUCAGAAAGAUACUCACAUUUUAUGCGCGAGUAUCCUGUAAUAACAGAAUUUAAUAUAAUGUGUAAAAAUCUACUACCUGGUGUUUAUGUCAUACCAUCUGCCAAUUCUGGAUUUGUUUGGUUUGGUGUAGUGUUCGUUCGAAAUGGCAUAUAUAAAGGAGGAAUAUUUAAAUUUAAUGUGAGAAUUCCUGAGAAUUAUCCAGAUACUUUUUCACCAACUGUAGAUUUUGAUACGAGGGUGUUCCAUCCAAGUGUCGACGAGGAAACCCAAGAGCUGAACAUUCGGCUCAUCUUUCCAGAAUGGUCUCGCCAGGCGAACCACAUAUGGCAAAUCCUCGAAUACACUCGGUCGAUUUUCUACGAAAUUAACACCCUUUGCCCUUUUAACUACAAAGCAGCAAAAAUGUACGAAAACGAUUACGAACAAUAUGUCAAGUUGGCAGAAGAGUGUGUAGAAGAGAGCAAAAGGACAGCUUUUGAAAUCUCCAACCCGGACGACCCCCAUUCCUUCUGUUUCUCAGAGUUCGAUGAAAGUGUUCAUAGGCCCAUUUUGAACCAACUCAGAGAUCCAAAACAAGUUUGGAGGGAAGAAUCUCCUUCAAUAAGCCACAGGGAGAACGGUACUUCUAAACCUUACUUACAGUUACCUUCGUCCUGACACAUAUCGCUAUCAAAAUUCUUCGAGUCAAAAGUGCGUAUGAUCGUUAAAUAUUUGAUCUGAAGCUAAAGGCUUUGCUCCUGCCCUUUGAAAAUUUGUGUCACGUCGAGGCACACUUCUGUUAAAUGCAAUUAGCUUUAAUCCUUCCUGUAGCCUUACAAGAAAUGUCCAUGCCUUAUACAGUGAGAGUAAAGAAAACAGUUUUUCCUGUCACAUCAGUCAAUGAUAUGGAGAUAUCAUAGCCAUUUUUCCUUCUUCAUGAAAUAAGCGAUGUUUUGCUUUCUUUUCGUCUUAGUAUGGCGCAAAGUUUAAAAUGUUGCCUAUUUUUUAAUUCAA